AUGCAGCCUAUUGGAGCUUUUGGGAUGGUUCCUCAGCUGGUUAAUCCACCAGUUGUGAUGGUACCUGGAGGAAAUACAGGAAAAGGUUUGAACGGAAACGGAAGUUGUUGUAGUGGUAAUAAAUCCAAAAAAAAAGGUUCUUGUGGUUCUUGUGGGAGGUGUAUUGGGUCACUUUUCAUCAUUCUGUUUGCUUUUAUAUGUACUUCUUGUUGUUAUUCUUACCCAAUUUACAAUUCUUUCACUAACUCAGAGUAUUUCAAGAAACAAGAGGAGCCUAUUUGGACAUGGAAAAUGGCCCUUAAUAAGGCAAAAGAAUUUGGGAAUUCUAUUUCACUAACAAAGUCUGCAGAAGAUGAGAAUGAAAUAUAUGGGAAGAGUGGGAGAAAUAGAGAUUUAGACAGAAUUCAGUUCCUAAAACUAAACUCUACAGAUAAUGAGACUGCGAGUACAUUUAUUAACUUGGAUAAUUACUUGGACAAAAACUCCUCAAACCUCACUUCUCCUCUUUACAAUAGCUCGUAUAUUUCGAGUAUUUUAUAUUCUAAUGCAGAAAGGAAGCUAAAUAUAAGGGGAGGAGGACUAAACCAAACAAAAGAGUUGAUUGGAUUUAAGACAAAACAAAUACCAAAUAAAUACUUUAACAAAGAGUACUGUGAAAGAGGAAAAAACGAGAUAGCAGGAGUUUGGAAAGAUCUCUGUAAUUUUAAGCACAAUGUAACUAACCUAGAGUGUAUAGAUAUGAUGAAUGGCCCGGCAAUCUGUGUUGGAAUAAGAAAUCGUAAAUAUGAGGUCUUUUCAGUUUCUAAGCAAUGCAAAUUUGUGGAACCUGAAAUCCCUGUUGAAAUUUUCCCAACUAUUUCUGACCUUUGCUAUAAUGGAAACUAUUCCAAUAAUACUUCAUUGGGUACAACUAAUAUUACUAAACCUAUAUGUCCUUGCAUGAUUACUUCAAGCCCAGUAGACAAUAUGGAAUUGAAUGGGAACAGUACAAUAACAGGGAAUUUGAAUACAAAAGAUUUCAUUAUACUAAACAAAGCCAAUCAAGAUACUCAGAAAAUGCUUAGAGGAAGUGAAAAAAUACCAGAAAAUCCUUAUAAUUCUAGUUUAAUUGAUUUUGGAAUCAAAAGUUUGAACCAAAGUAAUUUGAGAAAUAACACUAAUUUAUUAAUAAAUAUGUUAAAUUCUUAA